GUCUGGUCGAAACAACUGUCAUUUAGAGUGAGUGGACAUGAUGGGGAAGGCAGAGCGAAAGCUAGAGGGCACGAAUUAAACGUCUCAAGAAGUAUGAAAAACAACUUUUAAAGUUACUUGUGUAAUUGUUAAAUCUUACGUUGGUAUGUGUUAGUAUCUUACAGAAGAACAGCAACUUUGGCAGUACGUCUUUUUUACUGCGAGGGGAAUUAAAGCCUGUUUCGGAGGAUGUCAGCCCCCAGCAACUCGCUUCAGCAGCCGAGGGUGAGACGCAGCAAUGCGGGCUCCCCCGGGUCGUUUAACAACAACAGCAGCUGCCGUUUGCACCCCAUCCGUGCCACCGUGCCCUACCAGCUCCUGCGUGGGGGACAGAGCAGCCCGACGCGGUCACAGACCCUCUACGGUGGUGCCACGAACAGCAGGGGCUCGAGUCCCCCCUCCAGCCCGUCACUCAGUUCAGGAAGUGCAAACCCUAAGCAAAGACUGUCCCCUGAAAAUAAGGACCCCUCUUGUCCCCCAGACUCCCCAGUUUCCAGAGCAGAAAGGUCCAAGUUACAGGUUCGGAGUUCCAGUGCCAUCCGGCGGACGUCUUCCCUGGAUGCCAUCACAGGUCCAUACCUCACCGGCCAGUGGCCUCGGGACUCCCAUGGACCCUACCCUUCAUGUAUGAAAGACAAAGCCACACAGACUCCAGGUCUCUGGAUUGAUGAGGGACCAGAACAAGGAAGUUCUCACCAGCGGUCAGCCUCCUGGGGCAGCGCAGACCACCUCAAAGAGCAGAUUGCUAAACUGAGACUGCAGCUGCAGCGCAGCAAACAGGUCAGUCGGCAGAGCAAAGACAGGGAGCAAAGCUCCCUGCAGCUGCAGCAACAGGUGCAGCAUGGCACUGCAUGCCAACCACAGUACAAGGGAACUUCAUCCGCCCUGUCAACCAUCCCUGUGCCAAAAUCCCUCAUAUGCCGGGUGCCAAGCAGUGUGGAAGGCAUCAGCCACGAGCUAGAAAAUGUGUUUAUCAGAGAGGACUGGGAGCAAGGCAUACAGGCCAUGAAUGUGGUGGAUGGCCGCCGCGCCCCCUUCCCUCUGCAUCACUACAGCAGCAGUGGGGACACACGUGAUACGGACACACAAGCCCCUUCAAGUGGUGACUCCAGCCCGUCGCCCCGCCCUUGCUGCUCUGACCACGUCCACUCCCCUAAUGGAAGCCCAUGCUCUGCAGAGGAAAUCGACAAAGACAGUUUGUGCAGUUCUCCUCUUCCCAAGUUUGCCACAUCUCCCAAACCUAACAACAGCUACAUGUUUAAACGUGAACCUCCAGAGGGCUGUGAGAGGGUCAAAGUGUUUGAGGAGAUGGUGUCUGGCACAUCAAAAGGCUUCCCUCUCUUCUCGUGCCCUGACAAAAACAAGGUGAACUUCAUUCCCAGGGGCUCUGCCUUCUGCCCUGUCAAACUCCUCUGCUCCUCCCUCUUCUCCCCCGUCUCACCCUCGUCCUGCUCCUCCGACAGCCCAGGGCCUCAGGUGACCCCAACUCUGCCAACUGCACCACUAGCUACUUUUCCGGCCUCCGCUGACUGGAGCACCAACACAAGCACAGGCAUAAACAUAGACAACAGCACAGACCGCCAGAGCCCCGACAAAGAUGUGGGGAAAGAUGGCGCAGUACAAGUUCUCCUCACCAGCUAGUUCUCAGGUAUUCAUAACCAAACCACCUACAGCUGAAACAUUACAGCUAGUCAAGUGGUAUGGUUGAAAACAAAAAAGAAACAAAAAAACAAAAGAAAAUCCUUGCACUCAGUUUAUCUUAACGUUAGCCACAAGGGAGUGCCCAAGGUCUAGAAAUGACAUACACAAAGUAGGAAGCUUGAUUGCUUGGCCAUUGUCGUCCAGAUUUAAGAGGGCUGACCUUGGGCACAGCAUCCCUUUACCCAUCACUAACCUAGCCUUCUCGUCUGUACCGUGACAGCACCCUUAACAAACACUGCUUUGCUUUCUAUUGCAAAAAAAUAAAAGAAAUGACUUCUGAAAUGAUUGUGUUACGUGGCACCGCCAGUUUUAUAACGAUUUAAUUAAUGGAAAAAACAUCUGCACACUUAAGUCUGUGCAAGGUCUAUUUCAUUUAGCAACUUUUGGUCAGAGACUUUCUUCAAGGCAUUAACCAGUAGCAAGUCUUGCUACCUGUUCCUGUAGCUCCAGCACCUCAGCUAAGCCUGAUACAGGGUGAGCUGUGUUUUUCUCUCAGUUAAGAUAAAAUUAAAAAGGAAAACGCUUAACUAAAAUAAUAGGCUUUCUCAUGUUAUCUAACCAGAUUAUCGGCUGUUCAGUGUUUAGCGAGCUAACAUCUAUGCAUCAUUUUUUGACAGGAUGGGAAAUGCUCGAUUCAUGUAUUUAGCAUAAAGGGAUGUCUUACAGUCAGAAUACAUUGCCCCGCAUUAACAACAAUGUUUGCACUUGUUGAGCCAUUGGCUCAGAAUGAUACAGGCCAUAUUUUUAAUUUAAAAAUAUUUGUAGCACAAGGUCUACAGCUUUUCUAGUUUGAUCACUAUGAAAACUUGGUUCAAUAUAAAAUGCAAAUAUUAGCUUUGUCAAUGACCAAAUAACCAAUCACAAAGAGCACACCUCCCCCAUUGCCCUGUUUUAUUGCCCCACACUAUACAUAACAAUAACUCAGGUCAUGUGGAAUGUACUUGCAUGGACUAUGUUGCCUUUCCCUAGUGUUUAUAACGUUCUUCUACAGAAAGAUAUUCCAUUCUUUUGCGGAAAUGUUUUUUUUUUUUUUUUUUUUUUUUGGAGAGGGAGUUUAUUAUGGACAUAAUGAACCGAUUAGUGUCACAUCUUGUGACAGAUGACUUUUACGUUAACCUGUUCAGGUUAGAGCUUCAGGUGCUAUGACACAUUCCAGAUAUCGCAGUUGCAUAAGUCAACCGUGAGUACUCUUGAAAGCGGAACUAGCUACAUAAGCUACAUCCUUCCAAAUUAAGAAGUUGACAAAUAUGUUGUUUGUUUCACCCCUUUGUUAAAUAUGUACCAAAGCAAUCUGCAAAGCAAUGCCAGGCCUAUGAUGUAUUUGGGACCCACGAGGCACAAUUUUUGUGCCAGAAGCAGAAUGUUUAUUUGCAUUUCUUAUAGUUUAUAAACAGUUCAUCGACAUAUAAACACUCGUUGAACCAAGCCUAAGCACUUACUUGGAAGGUAGAGGAUAAUCACUAUUUUUAUUUUGGACCAAUUUGUAAGUUAAAACAAUCACAACCUGAGUGUGCAAUUGAUUUUAGUUUGAAGUAAAGAUACACUAAAGUUUUUUGUGUGACACAGUUUGGUUCGAUAUUCAGAUCCAACCAGACGCGCCCUAACGUUACCUGCAGAUGUUUUAUCCCCACAACAUAAAA